AUGUCUAGUAGCAACGAAGGAGUAUCCCAUCCCAUGGACUUUGAACAGAUGAUGGAGCAAAUGGAGAGGCGUUUCCAACGCAUGCUAGAACCCAUUCAAGAUGAGUUGCUGCAACUCCGAGCGUCUGGAACACCAAAAACUUCUAAAUCCACACGAAGGCGAAGAGACGUGGAGUCGUCCGAUGGUUCCAAUAAUGAUGAAGAUGAUGAGGAACCUCGAGUUCGACCACGGCAAAGGAACCAGACUGGACCUACCGAUGUAUUCAAGGGAAUCAAGAUGCAAAUCCCUGAGUUCAAAGGACGGUCCGAUCCCGAGGCCUUUCUCGAAUGGUUAUCCAAGAUCGAAAUGGUCUUUUCUUGCCAAAACUACACCGAGGUGCAAAAGGUGCAAUUGGCCACCAUGGAAUUUACUGAGUACGCUGUGGUUUGGUGGGACCAAAUCAAGAAGUCUAGAAGGAGAAAUGGUCUACCUGAGCUCUUUCCAUGGCCCGAGCUUCGAACCAUGAUGCGCACCCGCUUUGUACCUGGACAUUACACUAGAGAUUUGUACCACCGAUUACAAACCUUAGUCCAGGGCAACCGGAGUGUGGAUGAGUACCACAAGGAGAUGGAGAUCCUAAUACUUAGAGCGGAUGUACAGGAGGAUCCUGAAGCCACCAUGGUGAGAUUCUUGAGCGGGUUACGACCCGAUAUUGCUGAACGAGUGGAACUUCAACAUUAUAUGGAGUUGCAUGAGCUUGUAGACAAGGCUAUUAAGGUCGAGCAAAGGCUCAAGAGGAGGGGUACCACUCGAUCGAAUUUCGGCAAUACCGCCUACUCUACCAACCGCCCAUUCCAACCAAGGAAUGAUUCUCGGCCUUCACCAAAUGCUCAUACUCCAAAGCCGAGAUUCGAGGGAGGUAAGGUUGACAACCCUAGUUUUAGUAAGCCGCCCUCUUCUACUCCAAAAUUCGAGGAGCCUAGGGCACAAACUAGGGCUCGUGAUACUCGAUGCUUCAAAUGUCAAGGUAAAGGCCAUAUAGCUAGUCAAUGUCCCAAUCAAAAGACUAUGAUUAUGAUGCAAAAUGACGAGAUCGUGAGUGAGGACGAAGCCGAGUACGAAGGCAUGCCACCCCUUGAAGGAGGUAGUGAUGGUGAGUCACCAAAUGAAGAGGAGUUUAGUGCACUCGAGGGUCACUUUGGGACCGCCUUGGUUGCAAGGAGAGCAUUGACGACACGUGUUAAGGAGGACGAGUUUCAACGGGAGAACAUUUUCUACAUUAGGUGCUUCGUCAACCAAGCACUUUGUAGUGUGAUUAUUGAUAGUGGGAGCUGUACAAAUGUGGCUAGUUCACUCAUGGUGGACAACUUGAAACUGCCUACGAGGGAUCACCCGCGACCCUACAAACUCCAAUGGCUCAACAAUUCUGGGAAGGCUAGUCACAUUAUACUAGGUAGGCCGUGGCAGUUUGACAGGCAGGUGUCUUUUGAUGGUGUGACUAACAAUAAAGAGGUAGCUCAGAAUGUGGAUGAUCUUGAUACUAACUUACCGCUUGAGGUUAAGUUUCUUUUGCAGGAAUAUGCUGAUAUCUUUCCUGAUGACGUACCAAGUGGAUUACCACCGCUUAGAGGCAUUGAGCACCAAAUGGACUUCGUCCCUGGAGCGUCGUUGCCAAAUCGCCCAGCUUACAAGAGCAACCCGGAGGAAACUAAGGAGCUGCAAAGGCAAGUGGACGACUUGCUUGGCAAAGGAUGGGCACGUGAGAGCUUAAGCCCGUGCGCUGUCCCAGUCAUUUUGGUGCCCAAGAAAGAUGGUACGUGGAGAAUGUGCACUGAUUGUAGAGCCGUAAAUGCCAUCACGGUAAAGUAUCGCCACCCUAUACCUCGCUUAGAUGGCAUGCUUGAUGAGUUGCAUGGGGCUGUGUUCUUUACCAAAAUUGAUCUCAAAAGUGGGUACCAUCAAAUUAGGAUAAAGGAGGGGGACGAAUGGAAAACUGCCUUCAAAACUAAGUAUGGAUUGUAUGAGUGCAAAUCUUAUGAUGAACACCUAGAGCAUAUUAGGGUUGUUAUGGAUGUACUUCGACGAGAGAAACUCUAUGCCAAUCUCAAGAAGUGCAAUUUUUGCACUAAUGAGAUUGUGUUUCUAGGGUUUGUUAUAAGUGCGCAGGGAAUGAAGGCGGAUGACCAAAAGGUGAAAGCUAUCCAAGAGUGGCAAACACCAAGAUCGGUGGGUGAUGUUUGGAGCUUCCAUGGACUUGCGAGUUUCUAUAGGAGAUUCGUGAGGGACUUUAGCACCAUUGCUGCACCCUUGACCGAGUUGAUCAAGAAGAAUGAGAACUUCCAUUGGGGAGAUACUCAAGAACAAGCCUUUCGCGCUUUAAAGCACAAACUCACACAUGCACCUGUACUUGCUUUACCUGACUUUUCUAAAACAUUUGAAAUUGAUUGUGAUGCUUCAGGUAUUGGAGUUGGAGCUGUGUUGAACCAAGGAGGAAGUCCUAUUGCCUACUUUAGUGAGAAACUCAAUGGGGCUGCACUGAACUACUCAACUUAUGAUAAAGAGUUAUACGCCCUCAUUUGA